AACGCCCAGGAGAAGUUGCAAACGGCGAAAGACAGAGAAGGGGAAAAACACCCCGACACCGAGCCACCCGCCCCAUUCCUCCUGCAGCUCCGCUUCCUGCCCAGCCCCGCUGCAGCGCGCCCGCUCCGGCACCCCCGGCACCCCCGGCACCCCCGGUACCCCCGGUACCCCCGGCGGCAGCGCCAUGGGCAACGCGGCCGGGGGCAUGGAGGGGGCUGCGGGCCGGGAGAACCGCGACAACCGAGCCCCGGGCCCUGCCGCCGCCGCCGCCGCCGCCACCCCGCCGCGGCUGCCGCCGCCCGCCCGGCAGCCCAUGCCCGCCGCCGCCGAGCUGGAGGAGCGCUUCAGCCGCGUCCUGAGCUCCAUGAACCUGCCCCCCGACAAGAUGAAGCUGCUCAGCCAGUAUGACAACGAGAAGAAAUGGGAGCUCGUCUGCGACCAGGAGCGCUUCCAGGUGAAAAACCCACCGUCUGCCUACAUCCAGAAGCUGAAGAGCUACUUGGACACGGGCGGCGUGAGCAGGAAGUUCAAGCGACGAGUGCAGGAGUCGACGCAGGUGCUCCGGGAGCUGGAGAUUUCCUUAAGGACCAACUACAUCGGCUGGGUCCAGGAGUUUCUCAACGAGGAGAACAAGGGGCUGGACGUGCUGCUGGAGUACCUCGCCUUCGCCCAGUGCUCCGUCGCGUACGACAUGGAGAGCACCGAGAACGGCAGCCCGGGCUCCGACAAGGGCAAGCCCCUGGAGCGGUCGCUGGAGGAUCUGAGCAAAAGCAACUCCUCGUCGCCCACGCAGGGCGUCUCCAAAGUGCGGCACCUCACCGUCAGGCUCAACCCCUCGCACAGCAGGAAGGCGCUGAGGAACUCCCGCAUCGUCAGCCAAAAGGACGAUGUCCACGUCUGCAUCAUGUGUCUCCGUGCCAUCAUGAACUACCAGUCUGGCUUCAGCCUGGUGAUGAACCACCCAGCCUGUGUCAAUGAGAUCACCCUGAGCCUCAACAACAAGAACGCCAGGACCAAGGCGCUCGUGCUGGAGCUGCUGGCCGCUGUCUGCCUGGUCCGAGGUGGCCAUGACAUUAUCCUCGCUGCCUUUGACAACUUCAAGGAGGUCUGCGGCGAGAAGAACCGCUUUGAGAAGCUGAUGGAGUAUUUCCGAAACGAGGACAGCAACAUCGACUUCAUGGUCGCCUGCAUGCAGUUCAUCAACAUCGUGGUGCACUCGGUGGAGAACAUGAACUUCCGCGUCUUCCUGCAGUACGAGUUCACCCACCUGGGGCUUGACCAGUACCUGGAGAACCUGCGGCUCACCGAGAGCGACAAGCUGCAGGUGCAGAUCCAAGCCUACCUGGACAACGUUUUUGACGUGGGGGCCAUGCUGGAGGACUCGGAGACCAAGACGGCUGUGCUGGAGCACAUGGAGGAGCUGCAGGAGCACGUCAGCCAGCUGACGGAGAAGCUGCAGGAUGCGGAGAACGACUCCAUGGCCAAGAUAGCGGAGCUGGAGAAGCAGCUGAGCCAGGCGCGGCGGGAGCUGGAGGCGCUGCGGGAGCAGCUCAGCCCGCCGCGGCCGCCCAGCCCGCCGGCCCCGCAGCCCCAGGAGUGCUACUGGCUGGCGCUGGAGCGGCGGCUGGCGGAGCUGGAGGAGAAGGGGUUAGUGCAGAUCCUGCGUGGGCCCGAUGGAGACGUCGCCAUCGAAAUUGUCCCCGUUGUCAUAGAGACCGCAGCAGCCCCCGUGGUUACCAAAGAGGCCACCGCCACCAGCACAGAUGCUCCAGCUCUGGCUCCGGCUCCAUCCCCAUCUCCUCCCCCUGCACCAGCUGCCCCCCCACCACCUCCCCCACCGCCCCCCCCUCCACCCCUGCCUGGGGCUGAGCCUGAGCCCCCCGUGCCCCCCCCGCCCCCCCUGCCCACGGGCGCCGUGCCCCCCCCAGCCCCUCCGCUCCCAGGUGCCGCAGUGCCCCCACCGCCCCCACCGCUCCCUGGGGGGCUGGAGGGCCCCGUGCCACCCCCCCCACCGCCCCCACCGCUCGGUGGGGAGCCCCCCGCCGGGCUGGGUGGCCCCCCUGCUGCCGGUGGUUCAGUGAAGGUGAAGAAGCCGAUCCAGACCAAGUUCCGCAUGCCCGUCUUCAACUGGGUGGCGCUAAAGCCGAGCCAGAUCGACGGCACCGUCUUCACCGAGCUCAACGACGAGAAGGUGCUGCAGGAGCUGGACAUGAGUGACUUCGAGGAGCAGUUCAAGACCAAGGCCCAGGGCCCUGCCCUGGACAUCAGCGCCCUCAAGGUGAAGGCCACGCAGAAGGCCCCCAGCAAGGUCACCCUCAUGGAGUCCAACCGGGCCAAGAACCUGGCCAUCACCCUCCGCAAAGGUGGCCGCAGCAUCCAGGACAUCUGCACAGCCAUCGAGACGUAUGACCAGCAAGCCCUGAGCCUCGACUUUCUGGAGCUGCUGCUGCGCUUCCUGCCCACGGAGUACGAGCGGACGCUCAUCGGGAAGUUUGAGCGGGAGCAGCAGCCUCCGGAGGAGCUCUCGGACGAGGACCAGUUCAUGAUCCGGUUCAGCAAGAUCCCGCGCCUGGCCGAGCGCAUGAACGUCAUGAUCUUCCUGGGCAACUUCAACGACACAGCCCAGCUGCUCAUGCCGCAACUCAACGCCAUCAUCGCCGCCUCCAUGUCCCUCAAGUCCUCCAGCAAACUGCGCAACAUCCUCGAGAUCGUGCUGGCCUUCGGGAACUACAUGAACAGCAGCAAGCGAGGGGCUGCCUACGGCUUCCGGCUGCAGAGCCUCGACGCGCUGCUGGAGAUGAAGUCAACGGACAGGAAGCAGACGCUGCUGCAUUACCUGGUGCGGGUGAUCACGGAGAAGUACCCCGAGCUCACUGGCUUCCACACUGAGCUGCAUUUCCUCGACAAGGCAGGCUCAGUCUCCCUGGACAGCGUGUUGCAGGACGUGCGGAGCCUGCAGCAGGGCAUGGAGCUCACCCGCAAGGAGUUCAUGCGGCAGGAUGACAGCCCCGUGCUCAAGGAGUUCCUCAAGGCCAACUCGGAGGUGAUGGAGAAGCUGCAGGCUGACAGCAAAACUGCCAAGGAGGCAUACGAGUCGGCUGUGGAGUACUUCGGGGAGAACCCCAAGAACAGUCCCCCCACGACCUUCUUCCCCAUGUUCAUGCGCUUCAUCAGAGCCUACAAGAAAGCAGAGCAGGACAUCGAGCUGUGGAAGAAACAAGAGGCUGCGGCCAAAGAGGCAGAAUCCAGCCCCAACGGCAGCGAGGACCAGCUUGACACGAAGUCACCCAUCCAGAAAGCCAAGCGGCAGCAGAUGGACAUGAUUGCUGAGCUGAAGAAGAAGCAGAUGGUGAAGGAGCCGCUCAUUUAUGAAGGAAAAGACGGUGCCAUCGAGGAUAUUAUUUCAGAUCUGCGGAACAACCCCUACCGGCGCGCAGACAAGGGCCGUGGCAGCGCCAAGAAACGGGCUGUGGGGCAGAGCUUGCAGGCAACGCCGGACAUCUCGCUGUGAUCAGGGCAGGCCGGUCCUGCGGAUGCAGAUGGGACUGCAGGGCGUCAGCCCGCCGGCCUGGGCCGACCCGCAGUGGGGGGACGGUGCCCACUCCUCGCUGCUCAAGCUGCUUCAUGUGCCGGCCCGCCCUGCUGCCCCUGCCCUGCGUGCCUGUGGGUCUGACGCAGGACUCCCCCAGCAAUUGCUUAGCGAUGCCACUGAACUCCUCUCCUCUGGGCUGGCAGGGAUGGGGGGAGCACAGGAAGCUCCCCCAGCUUGUCCUGCAAGGAAAAGGGGCUGCCCUGCCCCUUGCCCAGGGCUGCUGCAUUGCCCUUCUGCCCUCCGGGGCAGCCCUGCACACCGGUGUGCCCCUCUCCUCAGCUUGCUGGUGCCUUUGAUCUCCCGCUGCAGGAGGGGCAGAGGAUUGGCAGCCAGGGCCGCAGUGCUCCUGGUGCUUCUCCCACAUCGCCCGUCUGCGCAGAGCCCUUCGAGGCCAUGCUCUCCUCUGCUGCAGAGCGGGGCGGGCACAGGAUGCACCUCCUCUCCGGCAAGGAGCCUGCUGCGAAGAUUCCCACCCUGGGCACUUCACGUACCCCAGGAGCUGGCAGGGGUGCUAUUUUACAGUCAUUUUCUAUGUCUUCCUUAAAAAAAAAAGAAUCUCUCUGUGCUAUGGGAGCAGGGGCUGGAGCACCCCUGGGUUCUACAGGGUCUCUUCAGGAGCCUAAGGCUGGGGCGAGCAGCGCUGGUCUAUGACAAUCAGCAGGCUCAAGGCUUCACCGUCCUCAAAUCGCGACGUGGUGGUACCUGGCCUUGCCCUCCUGCCUCCCCAGCACCCACCUCUGCUCUUGGGGCCGCAGCCUCUCAGACACUGGUGCCCAUCGGCCCGCGGGGACCACGAGGCUGCUCCUGUUCGCCAGCAGUUGCACGAUGCAACCUGCAGCAGGUGCUAGGCAGCCUCCAGCCCUUGCAGCGAACACCGUGAUAUCCCCAAACAGUGCAGGGUCACAGCUGAACUCAUGCAGGAAAAAGAGGCCAGAAAAGGGGUGGGCUUGGACGUAGCCAGAGAGCUGCACCAGCCUACAAAUAACGACUGAAGCACUGGCCUUUAUUCCUCCCCGCCCUGCUGCCGAUCAGUCAGAGCCGUGCACUGCUGCAGUUAACCCGUUAAUGCAUUUACUUUGUCACAAACGCCCCCUGCUCGCCCUGCUGCGAGGACUCGUGGCUGCCGUGUACAUUCUCACUUGCCCCAGCUUUUCGACCAGGGUAAGUCCUCGUUACAAGCCAGAGCAGCGACUGCUUCCUGCUGUAAUUAUGCUGCUAAGCGCCACCGGCUCAGUAUCGCACAAAGCUCAAAGGGAGGGAAGGGAAAUGAAUGUGUAACUUAUAAAUGCCUUUAAGCCAGAAAUGUAAAACAUUAACUGCUAAUUUGUAUACAUUAUUUUUAUAUACUGAGGGCCUGUUUAAUCCAAAGCAGAACUGGUAAUAAACCGACUCUGUGGA